AUGGACAUUUGCUCUCCAGACGACAUUUCUCCACCUGCAACACCACCCAAUUUCAACUUUACUAAUAGCUCAUCAUCACAAGGCAGUAGCAGUACUCCGCUGCCAACCUCUUCCAGCAACAACAGGCCAUCGCAGAGGCUAAAAACGUCGCAAAAUUCAUCGCCCUCGUUGUCAGAUGAAUUCUCUUUCAGCGAAGAUCAACUAAAUCACCUGAGACAUCUCAAGCAAUCAUUCCAGCAACUGCCACCACAGCAAAAGCAGUUUUUGCUCUAUGAAAUUAUUAACAGUUGCGAUAAUUCUCAGCUGACUUAUCUCAACAGCCUGAUUGCUCCCAGAUUGAAAAUCGAUUUCCUCAAAGAACUGCCUAUAGAGAUCUCGCUCCACAUCCUGACAUUUAUCGACGACCCGAAGACGCUGGCCAGGGCUGCUACUGUAUCUACUCUGUGGAACUCGCUGCUCAAGGACGAAGCUACCUGGAAAUCUCUCUGUAUGAAGCACCAAUAUCGAAGACGUAACUCUAGCAUAUGCGGCGGAGAACUAUUGGAACCACCGAGCCAACGCCGAAACUUUUCCUACAGAGAAUAUUUCAAGAGAAAGUACAAUAUUGCUGCUGCUUGGGCCCAUGGUGGCAAGGUAAAGGUUGUAGAAGAUGGAUUUGGUGAGGGCUUGGUUACCUCUUUGCAAUAUGAUGAGAAAUACAUUGUUGUUGGUUGCGAUAACCAUAGAAUUGAAGUGUUUGAUACAAACACCGCCGAGAAGGUGCGGACAUUGGAGGGCCAUGAGGGUGGUGUAUGGGCAUUGCAGUUCAAAGGUGGAGAAAAGCAUGAUCCCGAGCGUGUUCUCGUCACUGGUGGUUGCGAUAGGGAUGUUCGCGUUUGGGACCUAAAUACUGGCACUUUACGUCAUACAUUGCGAGGCCAUAACUCAACCGUACGCUGUCUCAAGAUGAAGGAUAAACGAAUUGCUGUGACCGGAUCGAGAGAUACCACCAUGCGAGUAUGGGACAUCCAACGAGGUCAAUUGAAAUUUGUAUUGCAAGGACAUCAAGCAAGUGUUCGAUGUAUGGAAAUCAGUGGCAACAUUGUGGUGUCUGGUUCCUAUGAUUCCACAGCAAGAGUCUGGGACUUGCGCACUGGCAGAUGUCUUCAUGUACUCACUGGCCAUUAUACUCAAAUCUACGCAAUUGCUUUCGAUGGACACAAAAUUGUCACUGGCUCUUUGGAUUCCAACAUUCGAGUGUGGUCAGCUGAGACGGGACAAUGUUUGGCUACCUUGCAUGGACAUACGUCGCUUGUCGGGCAGCUUCAGCUAUCGGGCUCUACAUUAGUCAGUGGUGGAUCAGAUGGAUGUUUGCGUGUUUGGGAUCUUCAACAUUACGAAUGUAUACAACAAAUCUCGGCCCAUGAUAACUCAGUAACAUGUUUACAAUUCGAUGACCGUCGCAUGGUCAGUGCUGGAAAUGAUGGUAGAAUCAAACUGUGGGAUAUUAAGCAAGGUCGAUUGAUUCGUAACUUUACACAACCGGCCAAGACAGUUUGGAAGAUACAGUUUUCAGACACAAAGGCAGUAGUAUUGAUGCAGCGUAAACGAUCACCGAAUUCGGACGAUGGAAAAACUGUCAUGGAAGUACAUGAUUUUGACAUUGGCGAGAUUGAAGAUUACUCACCUUCUGCCUCUGAUAUGGUUAUUGAUACCAACUGA